AUGUUGGACUACUGGAUUCGCCUUAACAAGUCCAUCGAUGCUGCUGAUGACUGCCUCCGGAGGCGAGGCAGGUCUGUAGAGGACCCCAGUGCUGAGGUGGUCAUGAUGUUCAUUAAUCACUGCCCCGAUCCCAGUCUUGCCAUGUCAUUCCAGUUGAAGGCACCUGAGCGGUGGACCACAGCCGAGUCUCUGAUGCAGCUCCUGCUGCCACUGACCCACCAGCUACAGACCCUGGUGUUCAACAGAUCGUGGCUAUGUUUGACAAAGUUCUGUCCCUGUGCAACGCUUCCCUUGCGACCAGUCAAAGUCCAGGGAACCGUCAGCCAUUCAACCACCAGCCAGUCCACCGUCAAGCUGGCCGGCCCCGCCACCAGCAGGGUUCUGAGCCCACUACAUGCAGAGUUUGUGGUUCCAGGGACCACUCAACCCAUGCACACUGUAGACUCUAUAGAUUGGCAGAGAGAUGAGCUUAUCAUUGGAAGCAAUGUUAUCAGGCCCAUGAUACAGAGGAUGAAGUCUGAUGAGAAAUAUUGGGAACUCAUCUGUUCCAACACUUCUGACCCCGAGUGUGAGCAGUUUCUCCAGCUGCUCAGUUGCAUAACCCGUUGGUCUGGUCCUGACCUACCUGACAAGGUUGGCACUGUUAGGCUACGUCAGGCUGUCACCCUUGCACCACAGCAGGAGUAUCUGGUGUGGGGGAAGCUGCCAAGUAGUUCUCCUGUGUCACCUGGGAGCGCUAUCAUCGUAGAGCCUACCUCUUCCCGUUCCGCCCCCAAAAACAUCAUUGUCGGACGGGUUGUGGCACCCAUGUGGGGAGAUCGUUGGGUCCCUAUGAAGAUCCUCAACCCAACUAAGAGACCUGUGACACUGCGCCGCAAUGCAAUAGUGGCAGAUGUCUUUCCUUGUGUUGCUGUGGAGGAUCUUCCCAUCUCUCAGGGUGUGAGCAGGCCACAAGCUGAUCAGGCAGCUGACCCUAUCCCCAACUCGGAUCCCUCCUCUGCCCCCUCUCAACGGCUUAAGGACUGUGGAUUGGCAGAUAUCAACCUUGAAGGCUGUGAGGUGUCCGAUGACUGGAAACAGCGGCUGGCUGAUCUUGGGAUCACCUAUCAGGAUGUCUUCUCCAAGGACAAACUGGACUGUGGGGAGGCAAAGGAGUUUGUCCAUCGUAUUCACCUUACUGAUGAUCGCCCCUUCCGGUUACCCUAUCGACGUGUCCCUCCAGCUCACUACCAUAAACUAAGAGAGGUGCUGUCUGAGAUGGAGUUGAAAGGUAUCAUCAGUAAGUCAGUCUGUGAAUAUGCUUCGCCGCUGGUCCUGGUCUGGAAGAAGUCAGGAGACCUGAGGAUCUGCACUGACUUUCGCUGGCUUAAUGCCAAGACUGUCAAGGAUGCCCACCCGCUGCCCCACCAAGCCGACUGCCUUGCCGCCCUUGGUGGAAACGCCUUUUUCAGCACCAUGGAUCUCACAUCUGGGUUCUAUAACAUCCCCCUCCAUGAGUCUGACAGGCGGUACACGGCCUUUACCACACCCUUAGGCCUGUACGAGUACAACAGGCUUCCCCAAGGCCUGUGCAACAGUCCCGCAUCCUUUAUGCGGAUGAUGAUGAGUGUUUUCGGCGACUUGAACUUCUCCAGUCUCCUCUGUUAUCUGGAUGACCUACUUGUCUUUGCUCCAUCUGAAGAGGAACACCUGAAACGACUGGAGACAGUCUUCUCACGUCUCAGAACCAACAACCUGAAGUUGGCACAGAAGAAGUGCCACUUUCUUCGAAAGUCUGUGAGGUUUCUUGGCCACAUGGUGGUCAGCAGCGGUGUCGCAGUUGACCAGGAGAAAGUGAAGGUCAUCUCAGCUUUCAGCAAGGGGGACCUCAUGAAUAAUGACGACUGCACUCCAUCUCAGCGGAAGGUCAAAUCUUUCCUUGGCAUGGUGUUGUAUUAUCAACAUUUCAUUCCUGGCUGCUCUUCAAAGCCGCUCUACACCUUGACAGCAGGACAGAAGAGGAGAGCUAAAGGCUCUUUUGGUCGGCGGAGAGCUGGCACCUUCCGAGAACUGACUCCUCAGGAUUGUACUCCUGCCUGUGAGAAAGCGUUUGAAGAUCUGAAAAGCGCACUCCUCAAUAGUGUGGUGCUGGCACAUCCAGACUUUGAUAGGCCUUUCAUCCUCUCCACUGAUGCUUCCCUUGAUGGUCUGAGUGCUGUGCUGUCCCAGGUGCCGGCUGGUGAGGAGAAAGCAAGACCCAUCGCUUUCGCAAGCAAAUCUCUCAGUCGCAGUCAAGCCAACUAUCCCGCUCACAGGCUAGAGUUCUUGGCUCUUAAGUGGGCAGUUUGUGAUAAAUUCAGCCACUGGCUCAAGGGCCACAAAUUCACUGUCUGGUCAGACAACAAUCCUCUCACGUACAUCUUGACCAAGCCGAAGCUUGAUGCCUGUGAGCAGCGUUGGGUCUCUAAACUGGCUCCAUAUUCCUUCGAGAUCAAACACAUUCCCGGCAGAUUGAAUGUGGUGGCGGAUGCUCUCAGUAGGGACCCCUUUGUGAGGCCUUUGAGGGAGCGGUUGCUGUGUGAACCUUACUCUGGGCUGCUGAACCAGGCCUCUAAUGUCAAUGAUGGAUCUGUGCAGGACACCUUCCGCCUCACCUGCCAGCCACAGUCACUGGGAGGUCCCUCUACCUCUGCUGCAAUUGAUUGUUCCCUCUCUGAAGAUGAUGUCUCCUCUCUUCUCUCCUCUCUGGAUGAGUGGGACUCUCCUCCUAGGCAGCGUGCAACCUCUCUUGCUGACCACCUCACCACCUUGGAACCUCCUGGCCAGGACAUGUUGCCUUCCCUGUCUCUCACUGACCUUCAGUUACACCAGCAACAGGACCCAGUCAUCUCAAGAGUUGCUCACUAUGUCGACAGGAAACGCAGGCCCUCCAGACGUGAACGCUGCAAUGAGAGUCAGCCAACUCUGAGAUUCCUUAAGCAAUGGGAUAAACUGACACUCCUGAACAACAUCCUCUAUAGAGUCACAAAGGACCCCUUGACCAAGCAGAAGAGGUUUCAGUUUGUUGUACCUGAGACCUUAAAGGCAGAUGCAUUGUCUGGUGUUCAUGAUCAGGCUGGUCAUUGA